UCCGUGGUUCAACGCUCGGAAAAUGUUUAAGAUUGGAAUUUGUUUUUUGUAUGCCUUUGUGGCCUACAGCCUGUGCGGCAUCGUUAAAUCUGAGGAUAAUGCCAAUACCCAGGCUCAGUUGAAUUCUAUACUGGCGAUUCUGAACCGGAUUCAAGAAAGGCUGGACAAGAUUGAGGACAACAUGGAAAUGGCACGCUCCGGAUUUGAGAAAAUUGGUUUCAGAAAUUUUUAUAUCGAAAAUGAUAUUGCCACAUAUUGGAAUGUUGCUGAAGCCACCUGUCGAGAAAAAGGCGGUUAUUUAGCGGCCUUCCAAAAUCAAUUGGAGCUCGACAAAGUCAAAUCAAAACUCAGGCCGGAGAAUCGUUACUGGCUGGGCAUCAACGAUCGGGCAAAAGAAGGAGAUUUUAUAUCUGUGGCCUCUGGCAAGCCAGCAACAUUUUUAAGGUGGUAUAUGGGAGAGCCAAACAACUUCCGAGGAUCUGAGGACUGCGUUUCCCUGAAGGACGGUUUAAUGAGUGAUAGUAAUUGUGAAACUAUAGCAUAUUAUAUUUGCCAGUUAGACAACGAAGUCUAAUUAUAACAAAAAAUUAAAAAUAUGUUCACAAA